UCCCGGCCCACCAUCUCCUCCUCAGUCCCCACUUCCAUCCUUCUUCCCUCCCUCCCACGUUUUCCAUCCCCGCCCGGGCUGCGGGGAGCGGGGUCUCUGCGCGCACCCCCGCCCACCCCGCGGACCUGGAGGCUCCUCCCCUCGGCGGGUGGGCGGGACUUCGGCGGGGGGCUUUACCUGCGCAGGCCCCUGGUCGCCUGCCGCCUGCCAGCCGCCCGCCACCGGCCCCACCAUGUCCUGGGCAGCGCUCCUCGGCCUCCUGGCCGCGCUGCUGCUGCUGCUGCUGCUGACCCGCCGGCGCACGCGGCGACCUGGAGAGCCUCCCCUGGACUUGGGCAGCAUCCCCUGGUUGGGCUAUGCCUUGGACUUUGGAAAAGAUGCUGCCAGCUUCCUCAUUAGGAUGAAGGAGAAGCAUGGUGACAUCUUUACUAUCCUGGUGGGAGGCAGGUAUGUCACCAUCCUCCUGGACCCACACUCCUACGACACAGUGGUGUGGGAGCCUCGGACCAGGCUGGACUUCCACGGCUAUGCUGUCUUCCUUAUGGAGAGGAUGUUCGAUGUGCAGCUUCCACAUUACAACCCCAGUGAUGAAAAGGCCAGGAUGAAACCGACUCUUCUCCACAGAGACCUCCAGGUGCUCACAGAUGCCAUGUAUACCAACCUCUGCACCGUUUUGCUGGGCGAUGCCACAGAAGCAGGUAGUGGCUGGCACGAGAUGGGGCUCCUCGACUUCUCCUACAGCGUCCUGCUCAGAGCCGGCUACCUGACUCUCUAUGGAAUUGAGACUCUGCCACGCACCCAUGAGAGCCAGGCCCAGGACCGUGUCCACUCAGCUGAGGUCUUCCACACCUUCCGCCAGCUCGACCUGCUGCUCCCCAAACUGGCUCGUGGCUCCUUGUCAGCGGGGGAUAAGGACCACGCGUGCAGCAUCAAAAGUCGCCUGUGGAAGCUGCUGUCCCCAGGCAGGCUGGCCACGCGGGCCCACCGGAGCAAAUGGCUGGAGAGUUACCUGCUGCACCUGGAGGAAAUGGGCGUGUCAGAGGAGAUGAAGGCGCGAGCCCUGGUGCUGCAGCUCUGGGCCACACAGGGGAAUAUGGGCCCUGCUGCCUUCUGGCUCCUGCUUUUCCUUCUCAAGAAUCCGGAGGCCCUGGCUGCUGUCCGUGGAGAGCUUGAGAAUGUCCUCUGGCAGGGAGAGCAGCCUGUCUCCCAGAUGGCCACCCUCCCACAGAAGGUUCUGGACAGCACGCCUGUGCUUGACAGUGUGCUGAGUGAGAGUCUCAGGCUCACAGCUGCACCCUUCAUCACCCGUGAGGUUGUGGUGGACCUGACCAUGGUCAUGGCAGAUGGGCGAGAAUUCAACCUGCGACGUGGUGACCGCCUCCUCCUCUUCCCUUUCCUGAGUCCCCAGAGAGACCCAGAAAUCUACACAGACCCAGAGGUGUUUAAAUAUAACCGAUUCCUGAACCCUGAUGGAUCAGAGAAGAAAGACUUUUAUAAAGAUGGAAAACGGCUGAAGAAUUACAACUUGCCUUGGGGAGCGGGGCACAAUCAGUGCCUGGGGAGGACUUAUGCCACCACCAGCAUCAAACAAUUUGUGGUCCUCGUGCUGAUGCAGCUGGACCUGGAGCUGAUGGACGCCGGUGUGGAGGUCCCCAAGUUCGACCUCAGCAGAUACGGCUUCGGGCUGCUGCAGCCAGAGCACGAUGUUCCCAUCCGGUACCGCGUCCGGCCGUGAGAUGCGGGAGCAGACGGGCCUCCGGCGCCCCCUCUGCCAGCCUGCCCCAAGCCUUCCGGCUCUCUGUGUCCACCCUUGGCUUGGGUGUGGGGCCAGCAUUACCACUUUCCCUUUUUUCUCCCAGAACGCUGUGUCCAGGGGAGGGGAAGGAGGGGAAGCUGAGGGAAGGUGAACAAAGAGACAUCAAAAGCUCUAUGGAUUCUCUGCUGUAAAGUUUCCCCCAAAUCAGGCUUUUCUGCUUCUGGGUCACUGUGAUACACAUAAAAGCUUAUAGAGACAGGGCAGAACCAGGAGGCCUCAAUUCCCAGAGCAGUCACAUUCCAAGUUCUUAACAACUGGUGUGCUCCAGGCCUCGUCCAGUCAGAGCAGAUGCUAGCCACAGAAGGGCUACUCAGAAGCUAGCAGUACAUCCAUUGAGACAAUUCUGUCCCCCAGUUACUAUUAAAUUAGCUAAAGUCAAAGGAGCCCCUUGGACUAUCUGCUUCCCGGAUGCCCCUCUCAUGGAACACUUCCCUCAUCACUCCCUUCACACUGAUAUUUGAGGAGAUGCCAGAGGUUUUCCUGAGGUUGGGGCACGGGAGUGUAUAGCGUGGGCACCUCUGAACGCUGGGCUCUGAGUAGAGUUCUCUGUGCUAAAGUUACAGGUGCCUGAUGGGGUGGGCUGUCCCUGUGUCAAGAGACUCAGGUGGGGAACUAAGGAGGACACAGCCCUGAUGGGGCAGCUCCUGAGACUGGCAAACCAAAAAGAGGAGGGGCCAGACACUCCAGCAGUGGGCAGGUGAUUUUUUGGCCUUUGCUUUAAAAAAAAUUAUCUUAAUGGGGGCAGUGCCUGUGGCUCAAAGGAGUAGGGUGCUGGCCCCGUAUGCCAGAGGUGGUGGGUUCAAACCCAGCCCUGGCCAAAAACUGCAAAAAAAAAAAAAAGUUUACCUUAAGGGCGGCUCCUGUGGCUCAGUGGAUAGAGUGCCGGCUCCAUAUACUGAGGGUGGCAGGUUUGAGCCCGGCCCUGGCCAAACUGCAACAAAAAAAUAGCUGGGCAUUGUGAUGGGUGCCUGUAGUCCCAGCUACUCAGGAGGCUGGGGCAAGAGAAUCGCCUAAGCCCAGGAGUUGGAGGUUUCUGUGAGCUGUGAUGCUACGGCACUCUACCAAGGGCAAUAAAGUGAGACUCCUGUCUCAAAACAAACAAACAAAAAUUACCUUAAUUGUUAUCAUCUUUGGGAGAAUUAAUUCAAAACGUCCAGCUUCUCUUGAAAACUUGGUAGAUCUGGCCACACUGGGCUCCUGUCACCAAGGGUAACUAUUGACCAGAGCUGAGUGGCAGCCACAGGGCAUGGGCUCUCUGUUUUGUAGGAUUUUCACUUGGUCUGAUUGUAACUUCACAGUGACUUCUGGCCCUAAAGGCAUUUGAGUUCAAGAUUCUGUUCUAACUCUUAGAAGUGAUAUUGUAGGAGGUGGCAAGGACCAGCUCAUUGGUCUGAAGACCAGUUGUCCAUUGCAGCCUGGAUGCAAUGCACCACCCUUUGAACAAACAGAUUAGUGAUGAAAAUGUGCCUUUGCCUCAGUUUUAGGAAAAAAGCAACUUAAAGAGAAAAAUUGGCUGGGCACACUGGCUCACACCUGUAAUCCCAGUGACUUAGAGGGCUGAGGCAGGAUAAUGGCUUGAACCCAGGAGUUAGAGGCUGCAGUGAGCUGUGAUAGUGACACUGUACUCCACCCUGGGCAACAGAGCAAAACUCUGUCUCUUUAUUAAAAAAAAAAAAAAGAUCAAGAGAAAUUGCCUGCAAACCUUUAGUAUGAUGGUAAAUAUAUUUUUAUUAAUAUUAGGUCAUGUUAUAUUGAGUACCCUUGAAAUGCCUGUCCCAGGCACAGGAGACAUAACAUUUCUACUCCUCCCAGCACCUGUAUGAAAAGAGGAUAGUUAUGCCCACUUUACAGAUGAGAAAACACUCUCGGAGAGGUGCAGUGAUUUGCCCGGGGCCACACAGCUUGCACACUAGUAGAAACAUACAAACUGUCUCAGGAGUAGGUGCUGGAUGGGCAGCUCUUUGUUCCUUGGGCUCAAGGAUGGGGUGGGAGGGACAUUCCCUUUGACUUGGAAGGGCUGACCUUGCCAGCAGGUGCCUCUCCGGAGACACAGGCACACAUAACAAAGACCCUUCCCUUCGCCUUCAGCUGGAGGGAGAGGAGAGGACCUGUAACCUCUGAAUGUCCCAGAGGCUGUCUCUUCUCAGAGCAGUCCUGGGGGUUGGGGGCUUCCCUGGCGCUCAGUCUUCAGGCGCCCCCAGGAUUCCCAGACAGACACUGUGAUUGGCAGGAGGCGGGAUAUCCCCAGGGAAACCCAUCUUCACGCCUGGGUGACCCCCGCUGCCGCCUGCUUCUUAACUCUGCAGGAAAUCAGAGCUGGCAGCCUCCUGUGGGAGGACAGAGCCGGUUUCCAUGGCAACCCUCAGCUGCCUCCUCGCGGUUUGGAAGGAAAGGAAGAAAGCCGGCAGAAAUAGCUAGGAAGGUCUUGCGCAGGUUGCAACCCCGGUGUGCUGGGGGGAAGCCCUCAUGCCUUCCCCCUUCCAAAUCAGGCCAGGUUGUCACUGAGACUAGAUUCUCACCCGCCUUCAAAGAAGGGCCGAUUCCCUUUAAGGGUGGAACCUCCGUGGAGCCACAGUCAUUAGUCAGUCACUCGAGGGAAAGACGGUUCUCCCACCAGGCAGCUCCGGCUGGUACCUGAGAUUGAAGUACACGAUGACUUAAACCUGCCCUUCUUUGAAUCUUUAUUAUUUUUUUCUUUUUUUCUCCUUAAAAAAAAAAUAAUAAGCUAUCGAGAAAAGAGAGGUUUAGCUACUUGCUGCAGGUUGGUUAGGAAGCUACCUUUACAUCAUCGUACUUCUUCACGGCUUGCUUAAGAGUCUCAAAAUUACAGGACAUAUAUUAGAAAUAGUCUUAGGGUGUCCAAUGAAGUGUUCACUUAACAUUCUCAUUCUUACUGUUAUUUGCUAUACUUUAUAUUGUUCUUCACCAAUUCUCCUUUAAACAGACUGGCUUUUUAAACCUAAGUUUGUAGAAAAAGGGAACUUUUUUUGAUUGCUGCCAGUAACGGACAACAUAUAUAUUACUCGUUGCCAAAAAUAGAAAGUGACUGUGAAUAAUAAAUUUGCUGGAGUGGGGGUGGGGCUCCAUGGUGUUGCCAAGGCUCAGAGCCUUACAGCUUUCUCUUCUUCUGUUACAAAAUGAGAGAACACCCUGGCAUCUCCCUGACUUUCUCCAGGGUCAGGAAGAGGAGUAAGUUGCUCAUCGUAAGGGCCACCAGAGCCACCUCCCUGCAUACUAGUGAACCCUACUCCCAGGGGGCUGGGGAUAUCUCACCUGCCCGUUCUCUAGGUGUAGAAACAGCCUCUAAGAAUCCAAAGGUUUUGCCUCAAACCAUUGAUUUUGAUGAUUUCUUUUUAAUAAACAGCAUUUUCUGAGCAGCAGUGAUUGUUAAGGCUUUCUAUUUUAAUAAAGAGCUCUAUUUUCAUAUAAUGUUGUCAAGUGGAAACAUGCUGAAACCUAUUAAACCAUCUUUGUUUGUGGAA